AUGGCCGAUGCCCAAUUUGACAGUGCGCUCGACCUGCUUCGGCGCUUGAGCCCGCGCGACACCAAGGCCAACCUGCAGGCUAUUACUAGCAUUGUCCCCGAUCUUACCGAAGACCUCCUCUCCUCCGUUGACCAGCCACUGGAGAUUCGCCGGUGUCCGCAGUCCAAUCGCGAUUACCUCCUCUGCGACUAUAACCGUGACGGCGACAGCUACCGCUCACCAUGGAGCAAUGAAUUUGAUCCCCCGCUUGAGGAUGGUACUGUUCCCAGUGAGCGUGUGCGCAAGCUCGAGGUCGCCGCCAACGAUGCCUUUGAUGUCUACCGCGAGCUGUACUAUGAGGGCGGUGUAGGAAGUGUUUACUUCUGGGAUUUGGAUGAUGGGUUUGCCGGAGUCACCCCCGGGUCCCAAAGCUCUGGCGAAUGGGACAGCAUCCACGUCUUCGAGGCUACGGAUCGCGCUCGCAUGUCCCACUACAAACUGACCAGCACUGUUAUCUUACACCUGGCCAAAGAAAGCGAGGCCCUCGGCGAGAUGGACCUGAGCGGGAACAUGACUCGGCAAGUCGAGGUCGAUCUGCCCGUGGAGUCGGAUGCGAGCCAUGUCGCCAAUGUGGGCAGGCUGGUGGAGGAUAUGGAGCUGAAGAUGCGUAACUUGCUUCAGGAGGUCUACUUCGGCAAGGCCAAAGAUGUGGUUGGGGAACUCCGGAGCCUGGCUCCGUUGUCCGAGACGAAUCGAGACCGAGCGACGCAACUGGAGAUGAUCAAGUCGAUACAGAAGUAG